AUGCCUUGGUUAAAUGCUCGAUUGGCUGCUGCUCGAAUGAACCAAUGGAGGAAGUCGGUUAAUCCGUUCAUGGCUGCUGAGAAGAGUGAGGGCAUAGCAACAAACGAAAACCAAAUGCUUUCUGCAGAACGUAAGGACUCCCGCGAAGAUAUCCACUCAGCCUCCAGUAUUUUCGGACUAGAUUGGGCCCGAAAAACAUCUGAUGUCAAAAAGUUGGAUCAGACGCUGAUUGAGAACGUUCGUUUGCACAUCGAAGAGGAACGAGACCGUCAAAUAGCAUUCGAGCGGAUGUGCCGCUACAACUACUAA